AUGGCCGUCUCCAUCGCAGACAGUUCUUGUAGCCCGAACCGGUCCCUGGGAUUGUUGCUGGAUCCGGAUCAGGUUGAACCCCCUCGUCCCAAACAGAGCAUGUGGCAUCGCUUGGGCCUGCGCAGAUGGCUGGGCCGUGAUGAUCGCGAUUUUUCCUCCCAGCCGCCUGCCGGCUCUGCCCCUUCGGCCAACAACAGUCAGCAACAAUCGCCUCGACAUCGACACAAUCCUCCCAAUCCUCACGCCAACAACGCCCCCCUCAACACUAACUCCAACGUUAACCCUCCCCCCAAACCGCACGACACGCUUACCCGUCGACUGUCGCGGAAGGUGGGAGUCGGCCUGCCUCGAGCGACCACGUUCAAGAGGCAGAACUCCGAGCGUCGAGAUAAUCUAGCCCCCCUCGAUCCGGAGCCCCGUCGUGCUGUGUCCGCCGACCGCCGGCGCACGCUAAGUUCCCACUCCCAGAGGAGCAGGUCCAGGUCUCCACAGCCCGCCGUGGACCCCAGAUUAUCCGCACCCGAGGUUGCCUGGCGCGGCGACCACGCGGACGAGACCACGGUUGAGGAGCUGCCCGAGACGAAUGAGGACGGCGAUCUCCAUUCGGAAUGGAACCCUUGCCCCGACGUGACGGAUGUUCCCGAAGAGCCACCCGACGAUAUCAUCGAGAUGGAGCUGGAGAAACGCUGGAUUCUGAACCUGAGCAUGCACUUCCGCGACCGCUCCGAGCGUGAAAAAUUCUUCGUCACCUACGCCGAAGCCCCCAACCGAUGGCGUCGCGUCACCAUCUCCUGCGACUACCGCGGCGCCCCUCCCGAUUCCCUCGAGCAGGAUCUGAAGGAACUGCGCUACCAGCGGGAUAAAUGUGCCCGCAUCUACGAGUCCAUCCGCGAGUCGCUGCCCGAUAUCCAGUUCUACGACACCGUCACCAAUCUGAAGCUGGAGACUCGCGACGGACGCUUACACGUGCACGUCACCGAGGACGUCAACGAAAUAAUCCCUUAUCCGCCGGCCUCGUGCAUCGGCCACUUGCCGGAGGCUCGACUGGUCCCUGAACAGCGCUUGCAUUUCGAAGCGCAUCUGUCGGGGUUUGUCUACAAUGUGCGCUUGGAUGGCAGGUCCUUCAUCAAGAAGGAGAUUCCCGGACCGGACACGGUGGAUGAAUUCCUGUAUGAGAUUAACGCGCUCCACGCAUUGCAGGGCACUCCGAAUGUUGUUCAGGUGGAAGGGAUCGUGGUCGACGAAUAUGAAGAGAUGGUCAAAGGCUUGCUCAUCAGCUUCGCCGAAAAGGGAGCCCUGGUGGACAUCCUGUACGAGAACCGGGGGCUGAUCUCAUGGGAACGACGCGAGCGCUGGGCCCGGCAGAUUGUGCAGGGUUUAUGUGAGAUCCAUGAGGCGGGUUACGUCCAGGGAGACUUCACGCUGUCGAACAUCGUGGUUGACGGCAAUGACGACGCCAAAAUCAUCGACAUCAAUCGCCGGGGUUGUCCGGUGGGAUGGGAGCCCCCGGAGAUUGCGGCAAAGAUCGAGAGUAACCAGCGCAUUUCGAUGUACAUCGGAGUCAAGACGGAUCUUUACCAAUUAGGCAUGACCCUGUGGGCUUUGGCAAUGGAGGAGGACGAGCCCGAGCGCCAGCCCCGACCCCUGAUUCUGGACGAAGACCGAAACAUCCCGGAUUACUAUCGACGAGUCGUAUCUAUCUGCUUGAGCCCGACGCCCCGCCACCGCCUCUCGGCCAAGGAGCUUUUGCAUUUCUUUCCCCGCGACUCGAUGAUGAGCACCGGGCAGCCGGCUCCCAUGGUGCAGCCCCGACACAUGGGAGUUGGCUUCGGGCUGCACAACGGCGCUUUCCCGUGGUACAACCCCCGCGCCAUGGCGGCUCCUUCGGCAUUCUUGCAGCCCCGACCGGCCCCCAACGAAUUCACGGAGCCCCAGGCUCUUUCAGGGGGUGGAUACGGAUACACUCCGCAAACCGACGAAGAUUUUCAUGGAUUGGGACCGCUGCCCUCUGAGGGCUACCGGCCCGGUGACGAGGAACGCCGGGACAGCGCGAUUGACGAAAUGGGUGUGAGGGGUGCAGAAAAUCGACUCGAUAGCAAGGAGGGCUUGAUGUCCGUCGUUGGCAUCGAUGGAGACGAGCGAUCGUCUUCUCUUGAGUCCACCCGUUUAGCACGGUUCGUCGACUCGGCUCCACCCCUUACGGACUAUGAAGACGGCCAAAGGCUCCCGGACCUUGUGUCGGACGAAAUUGACGUCGACUUUGAUGUUGAAAUGAAUCCGCUCUACCAUAGACCCUCUAUGGAUCGGUCGGCUGACCUGUUACCGUUCCCCGUCGAUCCUCUGUCCGAAGAACUUGCCGGCGUGGGCAGCCACCCGAAAUGCUCCCUGGGGCCUAGGUCCCCGAAUCACUCGCCGCCGCUGUCUUCUGCAGCCACCCAGUCGACCGAUCCGUAUUCCGCGCCCGGGGCGGACUAUAGCCAUGCAUUGAUUCGAGACCAGGAUUGGGCGGGCCCAUCACGUUCAGUAUCUUCCCUACUGCAUUCGAUGCUCCCGAUCAACCCUGCCUUCAGCAUAUCCGAACAAAAAUUGCUCGAAACUCAUGCGGAUCGAUUCUCACCAUUGAACAUCCGAUCAGCCUUGGGAUACUCUCGACAAAUACUGCAAGAACAUACCUCUAACCUUAGCGAUUCACAUCUCCCGAUCAACCCAGCAUUCGAGGCAUCUGUAUGA